UAUUCUCCUUUGAGCUUUUUGUGGAUAAAAUAAUGUUUGUGCAUUUAUAUAUAAAAAGAAAUGUUUUUUAGAUAUGUUGUUUCUAGUUUAAUUAUUCGGUGCUCUUUGUAAAUAGACAUAAAAUGCAAAAAAUCUAACCUAUUUUUUGUUGUCGUUGGAUAGGUUUAUUAUUUUGUUAUAGGUAGUGUAUUUUUUAAUACUCUCUUUAAAUUAGUUUUACAUGUCCCGAUCAAUUGUGAUUAAAGGCUUGGUCGUAAGAUAAGAGUGUCAAAUGGAAUAUAUAAUUUGAAAACCAUGUUUGUUUCCCACGAAAAUACAAAUUCUAGCAAGAAAAAAUUCCAAAAGCCUAAUAUUUUGCGCAAAAGGUCUAACUUAUUAAAUAAGACAUCAACUGUGAGAGCUUCAAAUAAAACUACAAAAUAUGAAUCUCCAGAAGUUCGAUCGCUUCUAACCACAUCUUUUAUAAAUGAUCAAAAAAAUAAUGACUUCAACAUAGAAAAAAUAACAGGAUGUAAAAACAACAAAACAUUUGUGUCUAUGAAGCAAUCUUUGCUGAAAGUAGACAAUAAUGUAAAUAAAGUUGAAUUAGAUACUGCUUCUAAAAAUCAAGCAAAUGUUGAAACAAAGAUAUAUUUUGAAAACAGCCCUAGUAAUAAUGAGGAGAAUCAACAUCAAACUUCUAUAAGUGUGGAGUCAUUGCUAAUGGGUGAAGUAGUCAGACAGAAUAUUCCUAUAUCUGAAAACGAUCUCCAGCAGAAUAAAGAAUUAGAAAAUCAGAGUAAACAAAAAUGGUGUUUAGAUUUUACUCAAGACUCGCAGAAGAUUAUAAUUGAACAUUAUGAUGGGUCCCAGUUUGAAGGAUUAUAUCUAGAUCAGAAAUCAGACAUUGUCAGCACAAUGGUCCCGUUAGCUGCCGUGUCUUCUUUACGUCAAGAUCCACAAACAGUGCAAGACGAAAAUUAUACCUCUAUACCUUCAAUAACAAGUUUAGUCAGUGUGCCAUCCUUUGAUGAUCUCUCUAAAGCCGUUUCAUGUGAAGAUUUCAAUUCUGUGGUCACUAUACAAAAUGCAUCAACAAUGUCAUCUUCAGAUCAUGACCUGAGUAAUGUUGAUAAUUUUCCAGCCAUGACCACUAUACAAAAGAUUUCCAUGGAGCAGUUAACUACUGCACCGAUAAGAUUUAAGUGUGAAAUGCCAAAUUGUAAUAAAGAAUUCAUGAGUGAGCAGAAGUUAAGAAAACAUACAAAUUCACACAACAAAGAGAGCACAAAAGCUCCGAGACAGACAACAGUAGAGUGCCCCGUUAAAAGGAAUCUUGAAAAUGGACUAGAAGAGCCAUGUGGAAGGAUAUUUCAUGUUAGAGAAGAACUUGCAAAACAUUUAAACGAAGAGCAUACAAUAGAAGAAGCGGUUUAUAGAUGUUUGGAAUGCAGUCGACGGUUCUUCUGGGCGUCGGGCUUGCGCGCGCACGCACGUGCUCAUGCCGUGCGCACGGGGCGCGCCGUGCUCGCGUGUCCGUGGCCGGGCUGCGCGCGCGUGUUCCGCCAGCCCUGCCGUCUGCGCGAACACGCGCGUGCUCACACCGGCGACAAGCCCUACCCGUGCAGCUAUCCGAACUGCGGCUGGUCGUUCCGCACGGCCAGCAAGCUGAUGCGGCACGCGCGGCGCCACACGGGCGAGCGGCGGCACGCGUGCGCCACGUGCGGGCGCGCCUUCCUGCGCCGCGAGCACCUGCGCGACCACGCCGCGCGCCACCACGCGCCGCACGCGCGCCGCCUGCACGCCUGUCCGCACGCAGAUUGCGAGCAAAGCUUUACAAAUAUGAGUUCGCUGUAUAUGCAUAUGAAGAAGAUUCAUAGGAAGGAACAAAACAAUUCCCCUGAGAACCUCAAUAAGAUUGAAAAUCAAGAAUUACCAAAAGCACCUUCAGAUAAUUUAUUCAUGGUCAGUUUAUUAGAACCAAACGCCCUCGAAUCCGGCGAGGUAGAGGUGGGCGACGGCAUCGCGGAGUCGCUGGGCGAGGAAGGCCACUCGGCGCGCACGCACUGCACGUGGCCGCUGUCGCGCGCCGAGCACUACCAGCACGCGGACGCCUACGUGCUCGAAGAGGACGUGCACGUUGAGCAAUCAGAAGGAUCCGAAAGUAACAUAUACACAGUAAGGAGUGACCUGUUUCUCCACGGGAACGUUUUGCACAACGAGGACAGCGAGCCGAUGGCGGGCUGCGUGCGCGCCGACGCGGGCGCGCUGGACGCCGAGCUGCUGCUGGACGCGCCCUCCGUGCACCUCGACCAGGAGGAACUGUACACGGAUGCGGUCGACGAGUCUUCCUUUAGAGUGUUUCUGCUUAGCGGUGAGGAACUUGCAUAGUUGUCUAUCUAAAGAAGCUUUCAGCGACAAUGAUUCAUUACAUGUUAUAUCACUCCUAGCCGUGGUGGGUUUACAUAUUUUAUAGAGUUAGACCACUAUUAUUUCUUCUAGAAAAAUAAAACAGGAGAAAAAUAAGAAUCUUGGUAAAAAACUUAUUUUUAGGUAUUAAGUUUUUUCUGUAGUGCACUUUGAAGUGUCACACAUUUUAUCAAUCACAAUCACAAUUUUUUUUUUUGAAAUAUUGGUUUACUCUAUCUUGUAUGCUUGGCCUAGUGGUAAAUUCGCCACUGAUUUUUAGAAAAAAAUGAUAGAUAUAAGAUGUAAUCGAUUACAUAUAUAACUCAGAAAUCUUCGAUAUCAAUGAGAACACAGUAUAAAACGUGUUCACGACUGAAAUACCAUUUUAAGUUACAAGUAAUGUUUAAUUUAGUUUAUACGAGUUUUCUAAACCUUCAAAUUAUACUUUAACGAGCAUUAAGGAUUUUUCAUACGAUAUAAAUGAACUAAUUAAUAUAACUUGAUGAUGCUUAGAAGUUACUUUAAAUCAUUUAUUUAAAGGUCCAAGUCCAAGGUUCCGUAUUGAACUUUCUAAAUAUGUAUUUAUAGUCCGGCCCUACUUAUAGCAGUUUAACAUGAUUAAAAGAGAUAAGUAAGUGUACUUUUCUCUUUUUACCAUCAUUGAUCUUACAUUCGAAAGAACAAGACGCAGCAUUGUUUUCCUAUUCACUAGUAUAUGAUAAACUUUCGUUCGAAUAUCUCUUUAAUAUCACAAUAAAAUAAUAACCUAUAGUCGUAUACUAGAUAUCUUCUAAAUACUAAACAAUAUUUGCCUCCGGGUUAUAUUUUUAACGAAAAUAUGUUUUUGAGUGAUAUUCGUUUGAAUGUUUGACAAUUUAACAUCACACUGUUUUUAAUUUAAUGAUUGUAUAUGAAGUGUGAUCGGGUCAUGAACGCGUUCAUUCGAUUGCCUUUGCCUUGCCAUCAAUGAAUUGUCUUUUUUGGUAUUUUGUCCCGACUGUGUGUCAGCUCGUGACGACCACAGAUAAGAAAAUAAUAGCGGUAUGAUCGCGUUCAUAAACCGACUAUAAUAAUUAUAUAGAGUUAACGAUUAUUACUUAAAUCUUAGGCAAGAUUUUACGGCAUUAAUUCUGCAUAUAAAAAUGUCUUGUAUAAUAUUUAUGCAAUUGUUAAAAACAUUUGCAAACAUGCUAUACAACUAUUAAUUUUUUGAUAUUAUUAGAACUAUUUUAUAGUGAUUAGUUAUAUUACUAAGUCUGGGAAAAUUUAAUUUGUAAUGCAAUAAGUUGAUACGUGAAAAAUAUACGAACCUACGGUACAAAUAUCUGUGCAUAUACGAAAUUAAUUAAUAAUGAUAUAUAGGGUGCAAUAAAUUUGUUUUUGUUGAUGAUUUUAGGCCAUUUUUAAAAUUUGAUUGUCUCAAUUUUUGAUCGUCAAAUAAAAUAAGUUAUUGAUAAAAAAAAAAUGUUUAAUAUUUACAUAUUGAAAGGAAAAUACUGUUUUCCAUUUACUUGAUAUAUUAAAAUAUAUCGUCUUAACGUGUUAUGUUUACUUUCGACUGCUAAUAUUAUGUAAGUUAAUAAUAUCACACUUGCUCGAGGACGAUGAGAGUACUUGAUCUCUACAUGCCUUCUAAAUUAAUCUUUAUGUAUAUUUCUAUAAUAGCAUAAUUUUGUAAUGUUUGUGAUAACGAUUUUUGAUAUGCAUAAUGUACAAUAUGUUACUAAGGUAAGUUUUUAGGUUAGGUUCGUAGGUUAAGGUGAUUGUUAACAGUUUGGAUAGUUUUACCUGACAUGACAAUCUAGUGUUUUUUUUUUAGUACAACUAUUUGAAAUCACAGUACGCUGGAAGUACGCAACACUGAUUCCUUUUUACGAGAGAGCAAAUUAAAAUAUGUAUUUUUAUAUAUUUUUUAGAUUAAUAUUUAAGUGAAAGUUUUAGGCGCGAUGGGAGUAAAUUGGUGCAACGAUCUUUAUGUUACAUUUGAUAAAAAUUUUGUACUGUAAAAAAGGUUUAUCUCUUUGCAGGUUUUAUAUGAUUACAUUAUAGCUUUUUUUUUUGUUUCAUAACAAAAGGGGUCAUAUUGGCAAUAUCACAAAAAUAAUUAAAAUUGGUGUUGUGUACAUUCGGGGUACUGACAUGCACUGCUGACAUUGGUAGUUAAAAAAAAAAUAUUGCUUUCACGUGCACAGGGUAAGCAGAUACACAAAUAAACUUUGUAUAAAUUACACAUAUAGUAAGUAUCACAGGACUUAUGGUAUGCAUAAAAUGACUCUGUAAACGUCGUUAUAACUCUACGAGUGUAUUAUACAUUUUUAAACUAAAAAUUAAAUUUAACAAAAUCAAUUUUGUGUAUAACAAAUUCUUAAAUUGCCGUUAAUGCAUAUACACUAAACAAAAAUAUACAUAUAUAAAAGGAGUCGGGCGAAAAACGGUCCAGUCCAGUGAGUAUAACGAAACAUUUGUCAAAAUUAUUUUAAUUGUUUUCAUUUCUGUUCGUUGAAUAUUUUGAUGGAUUGCAAAUUGCAAUCAUAUAUCAUGAUUUUCAUACAUAUAUUAUCUAAGUAUUUGUCAAUUGUCAAGGCUCCAAACUGCACAAAACAUAUAAUCGUAAUUAUUGAGUAUUUUGAUAUAAUUAUAAACCUAUAACCUAUGUCCUAUAUAUAUCUAAAAAGUUAAAGUUACUUUAAAAACUCUGUAUAAUCUCUUAAUGUCUUAUAUUGUCUUUUAGUAGUUUAUUUAAGAGAACGUUACGACAAAACAGUUUUUUCUAUUGCGGAUUAAGCACUACACAUUCGCCAGUCACAUAAAUUAUUUAAUUUUAACAAAUGAAUGUUAUAUUUAUUGUUAAUGAAGCAGAGAACUCCUCUGUGUUAAGUGUUCUAUGCAUUUUUGCUCGACUCCUUUAUAUUAAAUACUGGCUUUAGGUUGUAAAAGCCUUAACGUAUGCGUAGGUUUGUCAUGUUCAGCUUUAGUCAAAAACACAUCCAAGGAACGAGCCAAGUAACGCCUGCUAGAAUAAGUUUUAUUAUAUAGACGAAAAUUUAGUUUAAAAUUAUAUUGUAAAUAAGAAAUUAUAUUUUUGGAUAUACAAACAUAUGGUGAGAUGCUUAUUUUUUGAGACUGUUGUCCAAAAUCAACUUUUUGUUAAAAUUUAUUAUUAUCUCAAGUUAUGUCUGCAGCUCCUUACUUGUUGUUAAUAAAACAUUCGAAUACGAAAAAUCGACUGAUUUGUAUUUUUUUUAAGUAGUCAAG